AAGAGACUAGCUUAAGAAAACAAAAGAGAGUCUAAAAAAGAGUCUAGGUUUUUAACAAGAGAGGUUAGACAACUGCAUCUACAAACUCCCACAUACCACAAGAUUCAGUCCUCUGAAAUGUGGCUCCAAGUGUCCCUCUUUAGUUUGUCCGGCUUACUUCUGUCAAUCCAAACCCAGGCUCAAGAUCAAGCCUCUCUCCACCGCUCCAAUGACCCCUCUGGACAUUGUCAUUACACCUUUACUGUGGCCAGUCCACAAGAGUCCAGCUGCCCUGGAAGCAACCGCGAGAUGGAUGGAGUCUUGUCCAGGCUCACCCUGCUCGAAGCUUUGGUCAGCCGUCUCCUAGCAGGAGUAGACAAAGGCACCAUGACUGGGGUUGGAGCUAAUAGAGAAGAAGGUCUCCAGGAAGCUUAUUCCCAGGUUACUGGGGAAAGAAACCAGCUGCAGCAGGAUAAGGAGCGUCUAAACAGGCAGAUCCAAGAGCUGCAGAGGAGGUUGGCUGAGCUGAGCCAGGAGGCAGAGAGCCUCAGGCAGAAACCCUGCCAGCAGACGCUCACCUCAGUGGGCACUCAGCAUGAAAACAGACCAGCCAAUGAUCCCGCAUAUGACUUUGGGAAUAGUGGAUAUCAGGAGAUGAAAGCUGAAGUGACAGAGUUCUCUGCAUCCCACGUCUUCCAUGAAGGAAGUCGCAACUUCACAGGUUGUGGAGAGUUAGUGUCAGUGGGAGAUCCUGUGUCACACAGGAAAUCUGACAGUAUCACAGGGAAGUAUGGUGUGUGGAUGCAGGAUCCAGAGCCUCAAGGCCCUCAGUACACCAACAACACUGUGUGGCGUAUUGAUGCAGUGAGAAGAGAUGUGCGUCACCUCUUUGCAUAUGAAGACAUGGAUCAGUUCUCCCGAGGUUUCCCAAUGAAGGUGCUGGUUUUGCCAGAGCCUGUGGAGAGCACAGGGGCAACUGUGUACCGAGGCUCCCUUUACUAUCAGCGAAGACGCAGUCGGACACUGAUUCGCUACGACCUGGCUUCUGAAUAUCUGGCAUCCCGCAUGGACCUGCCUCAUGCCGGCUUCCAUGGCCAACACCCUUAUUCCUGGGGGGGCUACACUGACAUUGACCUAGCAGUGGAUGAACAGGGUCUGUGGGCCAUCUACAGUACAAGUAAAGCAAGGGGUGCAAUUGUAAUUUCACAGCUGAACCCCGAGAGCUUGGAGGUGAAAAAGACCUGGGAGACUAAUAUUAAGAAGAACACAGUGGCCAACGCUUUCAUGGUGUGUGGACGUUUGUACACAGUUGCUAGCUACACUGUUCCCAACACCACCAUCAACUUUGCGUUUGAUACAGCCACUGGUGUGGGACAAGCUGUCUCCGUGCCCUUCAAAAACAAGUACAGUUACAACAGCAUGGUGGACUACAACCACGCUCAGAGGAAGCUGUAUGCCUGGGACAACUUCCACAUGGUCACCUAUGACAUCAGACUGGGCAGGGCCAGCCAUGGCAGGAGCUAGAGAGGACACAGAGAAGGACUGCUGUUGGCAGGACUGAUGCAACAACAAGUGAUAGAGAUGAAAUAAAUAAUCAUUUCAGGUGCUCUGUCAAGGCUGUGCUAUCAAUGUGUUUUGAAUUUUACAGUAUUUCUGUGGCAUUAGUAUCAUAAAUAAGGAGUGGCAUAAAAACAAAGAACUAUUCAUACAGUAAAGCUGUUCAGUGUGGUUAUGUGAUAUUGUUACUGAUGGCUCAUGAAACAGAAUUGUAA